GGGACGGCUCUAAAUUGGCUCGGAGGGGCCAGUCGGCGGCGAAGUUGCUCGCUGCGGGCAGAGACGGCCACGCGGUUGCAGGAAUUGGCCAACGGCUCGUUUCCACCCUGCCUCGUUGGUGGCCACUGGAGAAGCGCGGGGGGCUCCCCAGACAGCCGUGGGGACAAGUUAGAGCCAGCACUUUGCCCCGGGCCUCGCGUGUAGCUUCCCGUCCCCUGCUCUAGGUGCCCUGGUGUCCGGAGGGGGUGCGGGUGCGGGGGUGUGCCCUCCGUACAUGUCCCACCACCCGGGCCACCCUCUGGGCUUGUGUUCCAUCUCGCUCUUGCUUCCUGCACGGUGGUCGAGGGGAACCACUUUGCAUCAUGUCCCGGUAUAGCUACCAAAGUCUCCUGGACUGGCUCUAUGGGGGCGUGGACCCCAGCUUUGCAGGCAAUGGGGGCCCCGACUGUGCUGCCUUCCUCUCUUGGCAGCAGCGGCUGCUGGAAAGUGUGGUGGUCCUGACCCUGGCCCUGUUGGAGAUCCUGGUGGCCCUGCGGCACAUCCUGAGGCAGACGAAGGAGGACGGUAGGGGUGGCCGUGGCUGCCAGCCAGAGCAGGUGACCCAGCGGCCAGAGGAAGGCAAAGAGAGCCUGAGCAAGAAUCUGCUCUUAGUAGCCCUGUGCCUGACCUUCGGGGUGGAGGUGGGCUUUAAGUUCGCCACCAAGACCGUCAUCUACCUGCUCAACCCCUGUCACCUGGUCACCAUGAUGCAUAAAGAAAAUCAAGUCUGUGAGAGACAAGCGCUCAUGAGGACCAAGCAACAGAAAUGAUGGCAACGACUCCAUCUUUUAUUAGAUUUUUGAAUAGAAUCAGACCACAUGAAGCUGGAAGUCAUACAGAGAGACAAAUUACAUUUGGUCACAUUUGGGUGGGAAUAGAACUUUUCAGCUCCAGCUCUUGAGCCGGUGUGGUUCUGUGAAAUCUCAUUUUCAGGCUCUGUUAGGGCAGCCACAUAUUAUGAUCGUAUUUCUGAAAUAAACAGUCUGAGCUGGUCCUCUUCACUAAUGCCUCCUUCCCUCCCAGAAAGUUUCAAAGAAGGGGGAGCAGGUGAGCCAGUUAGGACCAACUUUCAUUAUUAUUAUCUUUUGAUUAUAGAAGUAACCUAUGAUCAUAAAUUAAAAACCUUAAAAACCUAGGAAUGGAUAAAGAAAAAGGGAAAUCUCCUGGGAAUCCAUCUCCUCAACCCCAUUUUUUUCUUUUUAAAGACUUUAGCUAAUGUCAAAGAAUCCCUCCUCCCCACCCUCUGGUCCUUUCCUUCCAAUUUGCUUUUAUUACCGAAGUUUAGUGCAAAAGAAAUUUCAACCUAAUUGUGUAGCCAGGGGGAAUUGGGGCUGUAGCUUCUACGGAAUAUGGCUGAGUGAAAUAAAGGCCAGGGCUUAUGAACUGGAUUGGGAAACACAGUUAUUCAUCUUUAUUUAAAAAUGGAUAAACUGUAAGGCAGGGAGUAAGAUUUUAGGUACCCACAUCCUGAUCUAGCUGUGUUUAUGUGUCUUAGGGGAUGGGUGGACAAGAGGUACAGUCCAAAUUAGACCGUAUCUGCGAAACUACUUUGUAAACUAACAUGCUUUACAAAUAUGAGAUUAACAUGAAUGUUGUUGCUGACUCUGGGAGGGGCAGUCUUGUAUGUUUAUCUAAACACUUAAUAUCUGUCAGUGGGCCAUUGCACAAGCAACUAGCAAAAUGGUAUCCUGUGCCUCAGUUGUUCCAUUUGCAAUUCCAAAGCUUAUUUAAUCGCCCUCAGCAGCUUAAUAUAUACCUCAUCAAUAGGGUAGAGAGUCAGAACUUGGCCUUAGAGGAGAAAGAUCAGAACAAGUGUAACUUACUACUGAUGUGCACAGUUAAAUAACCCACUCGAUGUAGGGAGUUGAAGAAGCAUAUAAGAAAGCGUCACCUAGUACUGCCUCAAAUACAGUAAAGUGGGUGACAGCACUCUGUAAACCGUAAAGCUGGGUAAUAAUGCAAAGGAUUGUUGUCAUCAUGACUGGGGAGAUUGGCUCUCACCCAGCGACUGUGAUAUGCUUCCAGGCAAUUCCACAGGAGUCUUAUAAGCCCCUUUCCUGUACAGGUGCUAGAAAGUGCCAAAGAAAUACAGGCUCCUGAAGACUGUAAAAGCCAGGCAGCUAAAUUUAAUAAGACAUUUGUCAAGAAGAUGGCAGAUAAUGACCAAUUUUUGGUAGACAGAUAGUUGUCUGCAGAAAUAAAGCCUGUAUUGAACUAUUUUGGAGUGGGAAGAAGCAUCGCUAUGACAACAAAUUACUUAUAUUUGAUUUAGAAGAAGGAGAGCAGUGCAGCUUAAUGGUUCACAAAGCUCAUGAGAACAAUUGUUGGCACUGGGUAUAUGUUAAAAUGUAAAAUGUUAAGCAUGAUCUGUUAAAUGAUCAUCUCAGUGCAUUCUGUAUCCAGUCUCUCUCAUGAACCAAUAAAAUACAACAUAAUUCAAAUUUUAAAAAACUGCUAGCAGAGUUACAUGCAAAUUGUUCUGUUUUAUAAUGUGCCCCAAGUGAA